CUACAGAAUAAAACGGCCUUUGGAUUGUUCCAGUGGUUCGAUGAUGGCAAAGUCACUCUAUUUAUCUCUAUUUCUUCAUUCCUAUCUUCGCUUUUAGCCCAUUGCCUCUCCCGAACGUUAUUGCUCUGUUUGGUUUUGACUUUCGAGAGAUUUCAGGUCAGAAAAUAAAGGCAAAACCAGUUUUAUAGUUUUGAAGUGAGAAUCAAUGGGGAGUGCCUCAUCUAUGCUGACCCAAUAUGAUAUUGAAGAGGUUCAACGCCACUGCCAUAAUCUAUUUUCCCAGCAAGAAAUAGUUUCAUUGUAUCAGAGAUUCUGCCAGCUGGAUAGAAACGCAAAAGGGUUCAUCUCUGCUGAUGAGUUCCUAUCUGUGCCUGAAUUUGCUAUGAACCCACUUUCUCAGAGGUUGCUUAACAUGGUGGAUGGGCUGAAUUUUAAGGAUUUUGUGGCGUUCUUGUCUGCAUUUAGUUCUAAAGCUAGUAUGCUGCAAAAAGUUGAACUUAUUUUUAAAGUAUAUGACUCAGACUGUAAAGGAAAGGUGUCUUUCAAUGACAUAGUGGAAGUACUGCAGGAUUUGUCUGGUUCGUUUAUGACUGAUGAGCAAAGAGAGCAAGUCUUGUUGACUCAAGUGUUCAAGGAAGCGGGUUAUACAAGAAACUCUUAUUUAACGUUGGCUGACUUCAUUAAGGUUUUCGGAAGUUCUGGCCUAAACAUGGAUGUUGAAGUUCCAGUUGACUAAAGCAAAUCCUGCACUGUUCUUGAUCUUAAUUCGGGAUCCUUCUCUUUCUGGAUUUAAUUCAAGGCAAACAUACAAAAGAGAUAUCAAAGCAUGCUUAUGUAGAACAGGUCAAAUCAUAUAGAAACACACUCUUGUAUUAUCCUUUUAUGUUCCUUGAACUCAAUGAAUAAUAAGGAAACAAGUUAUGUGUGUAUUA